CCAUGCGGGACACGGCAGGAUCUCCUUGAACACCAUUCCUCUCGAGCCUCCAGCAGUAUGGCUGCUGAAGUCGCCCCUUUGCCGAGGGUUCGCGCAGCCCCAGGACCCGCGCCGCAGACAGCCGAUCAGACGUACUGGAGGACGUUCAAGAACCAGCUGCUGCUUCCUUCUCCGCACAACGUCGCAGUCACGUCCAUCCUCAUCCCCGACCUCAACCCCAAUGGCGCCCAAGCAGAUACAUUCGCGGUCACGAGUGGCAGCAGAGUGCAGAUCUACAACACCAAGACUCGAAAACUCGUGAAGACCAUCAGUCGAUUCGGCGUGGACGACACCGCACAUUCUGGAGCGCUAAGAAGAGAUGGCCGCAUCUUGCUGGCAGGCGGUGACAGCGGGAUCAUACAGGCCUUCGACACAGGCUCGAGGGCCAUUUUGAAACAAUGGAGGGGCGAGUCUGCGCAUAAGCUGCCGGUACAUGUGGUCCGAUGGAGCCCAAGCGUGCUCACCAACCUGAUGAGCUGCAGCGACGACAGGACGGUACGAGUGUGGGAUCUGACGGAGGAUGCCGCAAAGUGGACCGGAAUUGGACACGAGGACUACGUGCGAAGCGGUGGAUAUCUUCCGGGACAGGGAGGGAACAUGGUCGUGAGUGGGAGUUACGAUCAGACGGUGCGCAUUUGGGAUACCCGGCAACAAAACAACAGAGCAGCGAUGGUGUUCAAGUUUGGCGCACCUAUCGAGGACGUCCUUACGCUGAACAGCUUGAGCAUCGCUGCAGCUGCAGGCAACGAGGUCUCCAUCUUGAACUUCGUGGCAGGUAAGCCCGAGCACGUCAUUCGAUCGCAUCAAAAGAGUGUACAAGCGCUGGCCUCUGCACAACACGGCUCACGCAUCUUGACUGGAGCGCUGGACGGACAUGUCAAGAUUCACAACACCGCGAGUUGGGAAGUCGUUGAUGGGUUCAAGUAUCCUUCGCCAAUUCUCAGUCUCGCCGUUGUGCCCUCACCGGCUGGCAACGAAUCAGACCGCGACGACCGCCAUCUCGCCGUCGGUCUGCAGAGCGGACUGCUUUCCCUUCGCACCCGCAUGAUCGGGACUGAGAAGGUCAAGGCUCGCGAAAGAGAGAAGAAAAUUCAGGCUCUGAUGGCCGGAGAGGCUGACGAAUACGAACGGAAGCAGAAGAAGAAGGAUCUUCGACAAGGUAUCCGAGCAAGAGAUCGCGGCAAGGACUUUAGAGGCGAAAGUGCUGAUAUCGUCAUCACUGGCAACGACCGACAGAGAAUCAAGAAGCUCCGACCAUGGCAGAAGAGUCUGAGAGCAGGAGAAUAUGGUCAGGCUCUCGAUCUUGUCAUUCCUCCCGACGGCUGGAAGCAAUUCGACAAAGACGACUUCCUCACCCUUCUGGUUGCACUACGCCAUCGGAGUGCAUUGCGGACAGCACUAGCGAAUCGAUCCGAACAUCAACUACUGCCCAUCCUGGCGUUGACACACAGGUACAUAUCAUAUCCUCAGCACGUCGGCAUGUUGUACGAUGUCAUGCUGUGUUUCUUGGAGCUAUACAGUCAUCGAAUGGGCGACUGGCAGACGGACGAUGGCGAGGGCAAAGAAGUUUUCGACAUGGUCAAGAAGAUUCACGUUCGGGUCGUCAGAGCAGAGGGUUGGGCUGACCAGGCUCAACGGACGAUUGGAAUGGUUGAUCUGCUCGAGUCUGGCUGA